ACGCAUCUAUGGAGUGCGUGCGUAGCUGUGCGCUACUCUUACCAGUUUAUAAGAAGUAGGAAGGAUACAAAACUGACUCACGUUGAAAUGAAAUAGUGAAACUCAACGUCUCAGACCGAUUUUAUUAUGUCUACGAAGUCGAAGGAAAAAGUCCUGACGGCUAUCAGGAAGGUUUUCCGAUCUUCCGAUAAGAUCGCGGAUCAGGAGGGAGCUAGCACUUCGACAAGCUCGCCGUCAAGGAAAUUCCUGAAUUGUCACCACUCGGAUACCGUCUCCCCGGCGGACGCUCCGAUAUUAGAGAAUCCGGAUUCUCUUCAUGUCGAUCGUACUUGUUUCUUCAAGAAGAAGUCCAUGAAGCCUGAAAAUCUCAAGCCAGACUUACAUACGCAGGACAAAAAGGAGUGCAAGCCCACUUUUGACAAAGAUGUUGGAUUGCGUCGAUUGAUGAAAGAGUUCAAUAGGAUACAAAAGGCACAACAAAAAGGCGAGUUAGCCUUCACAGCGGAACUUGUCAACGAUAACGUUUUCGAGUGGAUGAUCCGACUGCACAAGAUUGAUCCGGACAGUAUACUCGCAGCCGACAUGCGCGCAUUAAAAAUACCUCACAUAUUGCUACACAUGACCUUCCCGAAGGAGUUUCCGUUUGCACCGCCCUUUAUGAGAGUAAUCUCACCGAGGAUUGAGCUAGGUUUCAUAAUGAGCGGCGGCGCUAUCUGUAUGGAACUUCUCACGCCGAAAGGAUGGUGCUGUGCGUACAGCGUCGAGUCAGUAAUUAUGCAGUUUGCGGCUACCGUUGUACAGGGACUAGCACGAGUAGCGAGAAAAUCGGAUCCGGCUAAGGAGUACAAUCGGCAAGUGGCCGAAGAAACGUUCAAGAAACUGGUGAAAACACAUGAAAGAGUUGGCUGGGGACCGUAUCCCAAAAAAGGCUGAUUACAGAAUAUUUUAUCAUCCAGAGUUGGAAAAAGUCUAUAUUUUUUGUAUGAAAGGCGCACAAACUAUAAUUCUACUUUUCCGGACAAAAAUUUCCUUAUUUCACCAAGGAAACUGAAGUGUGAUUUUGUUGUCGCAUAUAAGCAAUAAGAAUGCGCGAGUAUGACGGAGCCAGAAAGAAAGGAUAUCGGACUCGUCGAGUGAACAAAUCUGUCGUGAAGGUUUUUUUUAUUUUCACAUAGUUUUAAUAUCUUUUGUAAUAAAUAUAUGUAUGGAGGGAAAAAAAGAAAC